UUUAACAAUGCAGAGCAGAUGCAGUGCAACUAUUUUUAACUGGUACCAUAUCUAUUGAGUGGAUCUGAACUUCCCUUCGUCCCAGCCUCAGCUCUGCGAAUCUCAAAAAUCCAUACUUUCAAGGUCUUAUUCUCUGCAGUCUGCACAUUUCCUCUGUGUAUUCAGAUAAGUCGAGCAGUGAUCAAUCUAAGUAUCUUGGGCCAAUUAAUAGCGACAGCGCCUUCUUCCCAUUUCUUGUGUUGGCACUUUUUCCAGCGACUAAGUUUGUCUUUUCAUCGAGAUUUCUUUGGUUUGUGCCCUUUUGGCUGAUCAAUUUUGCCUCUUUUUCAUCUUCUUACCAAUAUGUCUUGUUCAGCGACUGAGGAGUCAAAGGCUUGAUUGAAGGAUUAGUUGCAUUUUUGUUCGUGGGAAAGAUGGCGCCUUUCUGCUGAUUGGAAAGUUCAGCUAGAAAGGUUUUUGGCGAAGAAUAAGAGGAGAAGUCAAUGGAGGAUAAAGGCUGUUUGAACUAUGGAAGAGCACAAGAGCUAUCUGGGAGCAGUGCUACUAUGAGUUUUGAGUUUCACAAAGGGAAUGGUGCAAAUCGCUCUUCACAUCAUCGAAUGGCCUUUGGAAAGCCGACUCCUCUGAAAUGGGACGAUGCACAAAAGUGGCUGGGUAAUCAUCUUUCAAGAGGUGGAGAGAAAAACCAGUCAAAGUCCACCCCCCGCAAUUCAAAUGCUGACGACAGAAGAUUGAUAGCUCCAGUACCAAAGGAGGAGUACCUGAGCAGCGAGGAUCAAGGAGGAAAUGCUUUUCCUGGUAUUCCAAGUAGUGUCCACUAUGAAGUAGAAACAAAGGAUAUGGACUGUGAUGAAUCGGUCUGGAGAAUCAAUAAGCCAUCAACUGGAUCCGUUUCGGUUGUUCGAUCAAUAUGUGUGAGGGAUAUGGGAACAGAAAUGACUCCUGCCGCAAGCCAAGAGCCUUCAAGAACAGCCACCCCUCUUAAAUCCACAACUCCAGCAGCUAGAAGCCCAAUAACCUCAGGAUCCUCAACCCCAUUAAGGUAUCAAAAUGGAUUCCAGAUUUCUGAAGAUGGUCAGACUCCGACAGGUAUAACAUCUGCUGAGCACAGGGGAGAGGCUGGCAGGGGCAAUGGAUCAUCAACAAGCCGAUUUGCGCGAGAAGGAGAAGAACUGAAUGCUGCAAAUAUGAGUGAAAGCCGUUCAGAUCAACCUCAAAGGCUAAAUCCUCUGGAAACCAGGGCAAUGGCUUGGGAUGAGGCUGAACGAGCCAAGUACUUGGCAAGGUAUAAGCGCGAAGAGGUGAAGAUACAAGCUUGGGAAAAUCACGAGAAAAGGAGAGCUGAGAUGGAAAUGCGAAGGAUGGAGGUGAAGGCUGAACGACUGAAGUCUCGAGCACAAGAGAAGUACACGAACAAACUCGCUGCAACUAAAAGAAUAGCAGAGGAAAAGCGAGCAAAUGCAGAAUCCAAGCUAAAUGAGAAAGCUGUGAAGACUUCUGAAAAGGCAGAUUACAUAAGGAGAACUGGCCAUAUGCCUUCUUCCUUCUCUUUCAAGCUGCCUUCCUUCUGCUGGUAGAAAGUUGCAAAAUGCAGCCCGCUCGACG